CUGUUUAUCAGUUUCACAUUGACACUUGCCUCCCUUCCUCCUCGCCCCAACCCCACCACUCACAAUGUCAGACGAGGGACCAAACACCAUUGGCCCUGACCAUAGCCCCAAGAAGAACUUUGGAUACUACACCAGGAUCUUGAAGAGGACCUUCUUGACGAGAGAAGGCCUCCUCGGGAACUAUGACUAUGCCUAUCUCUUUAUGCCCAAUAUUCCCUUUAUGGGUAGGAAAACUGUCACUCCUCCAUUCUUUGGCUUGAACGACCGCAUGCCGGUCUUCUUGGCUCUUCUUCUGGGACUUCAACAUUCACUCGCGAUGCUAGCGGGCGUAAUCACACCGUCACUCAUCCUCGGAGGCCCUGCAGGCGUCAACCUCGCACCGGAGCAGCAGCAAUAUCUCGUCUCCACAGCACUGAUCGUCUGUGGAAUUCUAUCCUCCAUUCAGAUAACGAGAUUUCAUAUAAUGAAGACACCAUACCACAUCGGUACUGGUCUCAUCUCCGUCGUCGGAACCUCCUUUGCCAUCAUUCCUGUCGCCUCAGGGGGAUUUUCGCAAAUGUAUGCCAACGGAUACUGCAAACUGGCAGCAGACGGUUCUAAAUUGCCUUGCCCGGAGGCUUACGGUGCCCUUCUUGGUACUGCCGCAGUCUGCGCCUUAGUUGAAAUCUUGCUAUCAUUCGCUCCUCCCAAGACUCUGCAAAAGAUCUUCCCUCCUAUUGUCACCGGUCCCACCGUCAUGCUGAUUGGUGUGUCACUGAUCGGUACUGGGUUUGAGGGAUGGGCUGGCGGAAGCGGACCUUGUUCGGUUCCUGCUACUGCCGUUGAUUUCUUUGCUCUAUGUCCAAAUAUUGGAGCACCACAUGCAUUGGCCUGGGGAUCUGCGGAAUAUAUUGGCCUUGGUUUUUCCGUAUUCGUAACAAUUCUCAUAAUGGAACGCUUUGGAUCCCCAAUCAUGAAAUCCGCCUCCGUCAUCAUGGGCCUCCUAGUCGGCUGCAUCAUUGCAGCCGCAUGCGGCUACUUCGAUCGCUCAGGCAUCGACUCCGCCCCCGCCGUUUCCUUCAUCUGGGUCCACACUUUCCCGCUCUCCGUCUAUGGCCCGCUCGUUCUGCCUAUGAUAACGAUCUACAUUAUCUGCGCCUGCGAAGCCAUCGGCGACAUCACCGCCACCUGCGACGUGUCCCAGCUCGAAGUCGACGGCGACGUUUUCGACUCCCGCAUUCAGGGUGGCAUCCUCGCCGACGGCCUCAACGGCCUCCUCGCUGCCCUCUGCACCAUCACCCCCAUGUCAACUUUCGCGCAAAACAACGGCGUUAUUGCGCUUACCCGGUGCGCGAACCGCAAGGCGGGAUACUGCUGCUGCCUCUUCCUCAUCAUCAUGGGCGUCUUCGCAAAAUUCGCCGCUAGCCUUGUCGCUAUCCCCGCGCCGGUACUGGGUGGCAUGACGACGUUCCUCUUCUGCGCCGUCGCGGUGUCCGGUAUGGCCAUCGUAGCACGUGUGCCGUUCUCGCGGCGGAAUCGGUUCAUCCUCACCGCCGCACUAUCAGUGGGCUAUGGCGCGACGCUUGUGCCAACGUGGUUCAGCAAGGUAUUCACGUAUCACGGUGGCAACAAGAGUCUGCGGGGCUUUUAUGACGCGAUUGUGUUGGUGAUGGAGACGGGCUUUGCGGUCACGGCACUGCUUGCUAUUUUGCUGAAUCUGAGUAUUGGGGAGGAGGUCGAGGAGGAGGCCAUUAUGGUGCAGAGUAAGACGAUAGGGGAGCCGGAGGAGAGGGGAAGUGAGGAUGCGGAGAAGAGUGUGAGUGGGAAGGGAAAGCGGCCGUUGGCGGGUGCUGAACCUGUUUAGGGGUUUAGGUGGAGUGGAAAAAGGGAUGAAAAUUGUAUAGAGUAUCAUUACAAUUGUACGAGUUUUAGCACUUC